AUGUCAGGUACAACGUCUCCUCCGGAAUAUGCACCAACUGCAACUACCUCGUACACACUAUCAUCCACAUCUGCAUUAUACGAUGAAGAAAUAUCGCGAAGAUCAUUAAUCAAAACUCCAUUACAUAAGUCAGUUUAUGAUUCAUUAGCAGAAAUCUAUUCAAUCUUACCUACACUUGAAAUGGUAGAAUUAUCAUUCGUAAAGGAUUAUAUAACAGAUAAAGAGAAAUAUACAUCAACUUCAUAUCGUCUAAUCAAUCAAUUUCAAAUAAUUCUAAAAGGAUUUUUAGAUGAUACUGAAAAAUUAUCAUUCCUAACACAAUUCUUACCUGGUUUAUCACCUGAUUUAAACAAUUUCUUAGAUUUGAUGUCUAAGAAGUUUAGUAUCAGUUGUCCACAAGCUGUCAAAAGAUUAAAGCUGGGUGUACCUGCUACAAUUGAGCAUCUAAACACUCAAGUGGAAAGCAAUUCCCAUCCUCAACCUGCAUCAACAACUCCAUCAAAUAGUAAUGCUAGUGCGAGAUUGAUUGCGGAAAUCACGGGGAAUUUUAUUACUUGUAUGGAUGCGGUUAAGUUGAAUUAUAGGUCCAAGGAUCAAUUACAUCCCUUAUUGAGUGAAUUGGUUGUUAAUUUGAAUGAUUUGGUUGAGAAGAAUGAACAACAUAAUACAUUGGAAUUUCUGGGGAAAUCAAAAUUAGUUAAUUGGUUAAUAAAGAUUAAUAAUUUGGGUGAUAGUGACGAGAUAAGUGAGAGUGAUGCAGAAGCUUUCUUGAAUGAUUUAGAUUUGGCGUAUAAAGGAUUCUAUACAUCGUUAGAGUAA